UCUCUCUCUCUCUCUCGUGACUUCAGAUUCUGAAGUUUGUACACAUUUUGAACACCCUGGACACAUUUUUGAUUGAGUUAAGAGUUAAUGUUUGGGAAGAGUUAAAACAAAAACACCUUCACGGUUAAGUUUAGGCAUUAAGAUUGAACACGCUACCCUCUGAGCUUUGUCUCCCGGCUUACGCCUGUCCGCCUUCCCUGUCCACAUGCCCUAGCAAAAUCCAAGCCAACUUGAUGGUAAUAGCGCUCACUGUUGCCCCUAGUUGCAGGUUUUGAAGACAUCUCCCGACGACCUCCCGACGUUCACACUGUGGACACUAUCCUGCUGCUUUUCCACCAUUGUCCACUGUAGCCUGCUUCAUUACUCAAACACAGGGCGAGACGAGGUUAAACUCUCUCGGGUCUGUACAACCUCCAGUGUACACAUGAUGCUGGGUAUCUUGUUUCUUCACAAGUAAGACUUUGUAGUGCCUGUAGCCUUUUUUGAAAAGAUUACAACCAUGCCAGAACAAUCCCACUGAGUCUGUGAAAACUGUGAAUCUAAUGAUCAUGGUGGAGAGAGGAGCCUCUGACAAACCAAUCAGUUGAUAACAAGCCUACAGAGGCAAUCAAUUUCACAUCCACUCUAUCAAAACAUGUAAAUUGUCUCCUUUAUAAAAAUAGGGCCAUUAAAAACAACAGUUGUACACAUGUAUGAUUCCUUGAUUGAAACUAGGAAGUCCCAUUAUGAUAAACUGGAUCCGUUUUUCAAGAGAGACCAAGUCAGGAAGGCAGCUUAAGAGCAAAUCAAUGGAUAACCCCCCCUAGUCUGGUUGAUGAUCACCUAGCACGCAGGAUGUGACAGCACAGUUCAAAGGUUACCGAAGAGAAAGGAGGUGCACAGAUCUACACGUCGGUCUCAAAGAGAAGGAAACAUAGAGAGAGAGAGAGAGACGCAAGAAGGGGGAGAGAAGGAGAAAGAAUUCAGGGGAAGACAAGGACAUCAUGGUUUCAAUCACGGAGACUCAGAAGAUUGGUGUUGGUCUCACAGGCUUUGGCCUCUUCUUCCUGCUCUUUGGUGUGCUGCUGUACUUUGACUCUGUCUUGCUGGCGUUUGGGAAUGUUCUGUUUCUGACUGGUCUGACGUUCAUCAUUGGCCUGAAGAGGUCGGCCGGUUUCUUCUUCCAGAGACAGAAGCUCAGAGGCUCCACCUUUUUCCUGGGGGGCGUGGCCUUGGUGCUGUUCCGCUGGCCAAUCAUCGGUAUGGCCGUGGAGAGCUAUGGCUUCGUGCUCCUGUUCAGGUCAUUCUUCCCUGUGGCGUGUGGAUUCCUUUUAUCGUUGGUGAAUAUACCCUAUCUCAAUGUGGGAAACAGCUCCUCUAUAAUCUGAGGGAAGAGAAAGGGAGUGGAAGCUCUAUAUUUAUCUCACUCUUUUUCUCUUCUUUCAUGUCCCAGUUGUACAACAGCUUCCUAGGAAGUAGCCCUUCUAUUGUCUGAGAAAAGGGCGAGAGAGAAGCCAAAAAAGAAGAGAGGAGGAAUAGAAGUGAUGGAUGACAAAAGGAGAAGUGUAUUUGGGCUCAGACUGGCUAUAACCUUUGACAGAGACUGAUGGAGCGGGGAGGGGCUUAGAGCCUUCCCCCAUCAACAACCAUGAACCAACCAAUGGACUCUUCUUCUUGAAAUGUUUACAUAAACAUGAACCACCACAUGAUGUGUGGCAAUGACUAGCUGCCAUACCCCUAAUGUACAUGGUUGGGAGUAACCGAUUACAUGUAAUCAAUGACUAGCUGCCAUACCCCUAAUGUACAUGGUUGGGAGUAACCGAUUACAUGUAAUCAAUGACUAGCUGCCAUACCCCUAAUGUACAUGGUUGGGAGUAACCGAUUACAUGUAAUCAAUGACUAGCUGCCAUACCCCUAAUGUACAUGGUUGGGAGUAACCGAUUACAUGUAAUCAAUGACUAGCUGCCAUACCCCUAAUGUACAUGGUUGGGAGUAACCGAUUACAUGUAAUCAAUGACUAGCUGCCAUACCCCUAAUGUACAUGGUUGGGAGUAACCGAUUACAUGUAAUCAAUGACUAGCUGCCAUACCCCUAAUGUACAUGGUUGGGAGUAACCGAUUACAUGUAAUCAAUGACUAGCUGCCAUACCCCUAAUGUACAUGGUUGGGAUGUAACCGAUUACAUGUAAUCAAUGACUAGCUGCCAUACCCCUAAUGUACAUGGUUGGGAGUAACCGAUUACAUGUAAUCAAUGACUAGCUGCCAUACCCCUAAUGUACAUGGUUGGGAGUAACCGAUUACAUGUAAUCAAUGACUAGCUGCCAUACCCCUAAUGUACAUGGUUGGGAGUAACCGAUUACAUGUAAUCAAUGACUAGCUGCCAUACCCCUAAUGUACAUGGUUGGGAGUAACCGAUUACAUGUAAUCAAUGACUAGCUGCCAUACCCCUAAUGUACAUGGUUGGGAGUAACCGAUUACAUGUAAUCAAUGACUAGCUGCCAUACCCCUAAUGUACAUGGUUGGGAGUAACCGAUUACAUGUAAUCAAUGACUAGCUGCCAUACCCCUAAUGUACAUGGUUGGGAGUAACCGAUUACAUGUAAUCAAUGACUAGCUGCCAUACCCCUAAUGUACAUGGUUGGGAGUAACCGAUUACAUGUAAUCAAUGACUAGCUGCCAUACCCCUAAUGUACAUGGUUGGGAGUAACCGAUUACAUGUAAUCAAUGACUAGCUGCCAUACCCCUAAUGUACAUGGUUGGGAGUAACCGAUUACAUGUAAUCAAUGACUAGCUGCCAUACCCCUAAUGUACAUGGUUGGGAGUAACCGAUUACAUGUAAUCAAUGACUAGCUGCCAUACCCCUAAUGUACAUGGUUGGGAGUAACCGAUUACAUGUAAUCAAUGACGUAAUCAUUUACAAGAAACUGUAACUGCAAUCAGUUACGUUACAAGCAGAAAUAUUGUAAUCAGAUUACAGAUACUUUUGAAAAACUAGGUGAUUAGUUCCUGGAUUACUUUUACAUUUAGAAAGGAUGCUUGCAGAAAAUAAUACAUUAUGACACCUUUCUGUUUUCUCAAUUCAGCAUUGACAAAAAGGCAUGUUUAAGUUUCUUCAGCUUGAGAGAGUCUGGCCACAAGUCAGAGACCACUAUGAUGCGUUUGAUGGAUCCUUUUUGUCUUCUUCUAAUGCCUCUUUAGAGGAAAGCAUUCAAAAAGCAACCUAAAGUUAUCAGAUUAUUACUUAGUUUGGGUAAUCAUUUAGAAAGUAACCUACCCAACCCUGCUAUGUAUUUAUAAUAAAACCAUAUUUUUGAUCUACA